CUUAAAUAUUCCUUUCGUCUUUUCUCGGCUGCGUUCGUCUUUCCUCGGUCUUAGCCCGAGUCUUCGGAUUUAAUCGGUCGGCUUCGUCGCCAAGCUUCCUUCAGUCUGGCGCGAGGCUUCGUAGGGUGAGGAUGUGCGCUUAUCGCUCCUCAAGAAACUCGCGAAAAUAAGUUAAAAAAAAAUAAGAGAUUCGGGAAAAUGUAGUGGAAUAGACUGUGCAGUGCAAUAAUAAUACAUUUAGGACAGUGAAAUAUUGUUAAAAACAGUGGAAAAAGGACUUGUAAGGUGAAAAAAGUGGAAUAGUUGACAAUGUGAAACACAUCAAUCCCCCCCAACCACCCACCUUCCCCGGCCAUGGCAGCAGCGAUACAACGCUUCGGCUAGGAGCCGCCAGCUGCUUACGAGGAGAGAGAGAGAGGCGUCGCCAACAAAGGGGCGUCACAAGGGGGCGGCGCAAGGCGGCAAAUGUCCUCGGACGAGGACAACGCGCUGCUGCUCAACGCCACGGCCAGUUUCUCGAAGAAAUCGGCGAAACGAACGCGGCAACGAGUGGACGCGGGCGAGCCGCGCAACUCGUACUCGUCGAUACCAAAUUUUACCUCCCGUCCGCAAUUCUACUUUCAGCAACAACAAUUUAAUUUUUUCGGUGGCGCACAGAAAAUGCUCAUAAGUGACUUGAGUCACAAUUUUAGUCAGAGUGACUUAAGUGCGCUAAGUGCUUUAAAAAGUGACUUAAGUCAUCGAUUGUGUCAAAGUGACUUGAGCGCGUUAAAAAGUCAUUCCCGGGACUUGAGUGACUUGAGCGCAUUGAAAAGUGACUUGAGUCAAAAUUGUGACUUGAGUGCGUUAAAAAGUGACUUAUUGCGUAGAAGUGACUUAAACGCGUUAAAAAGUGAUUUAAGUCAAAAUUUUAGCCAGAGUGACUUAAACGCGUUAAAAAGUGACUUAUUACGUCGUUCAAGUAAUUUGAAACAAAAUUGCGACUUGAAUGAGUUACGUCAAAAUUGUGAUGUAAGUGAAUUGAAAAGUGACCUAAGUCAUCAUUCCAGAAAUUUGAGCGACUUAAGUGACUUAAAUGCUUUAAAGAGUCAUUCCAGGAACUUGAGUCAAAACUGUGACUUGAGUACAUUAAAAAGUCAUUCCCGGGACUUGAGUGACUUGAAAAGUGACUUGAGUCAUCAAUUGAGACAUUCCAGAGACUUGAGCGAGCUACGUCAAAAUUUGAGUCAAAGUGACUUAGGCUGUCAAUUAAAUCAUUCCAGAGACUUGGGUCAAAAUUUGAGUCAAAGUGACAUAAGUCACUCCAGGGACUUGAGUCAACGUCAAAGUGACAUAAGUGACUUGAGUCUUCGAAGUGACCUUAGUGCGUUGAAAAGUGAUUUGAGUCGUCAAUUGCGUCGUUCUAGUGAGUUGAGCGAAUUGAAAAGUGACUUGAGCGAUCAAAGUGACUUGAGUGACUUGACCGACUUAAGUCGUCAAAAAAGUGACUUAAGUGAGUUACAUCGUCAAAAAACUGACUUGAGUAAAAAAAGUGACUUGAAUCGUCAGAAAAGCGACUUUAGUGACUUGAGCGAGUUGCGCAAUCUUCAAAGUGACCUAAGUCAAAAAAGUGACUUGAGCGAGUCGCAUCGUCAAAAAAGUGACUUGGGUCAAAUAAGCGACUUAAGCGAGACGCAACGUCAAAAAAGUGACUCAAGUCAAAAAAGUGAUUUAAGCGAAAUGCAUCGUCAAAAGAGCGACUUAAGCGACUUAGGCGAAAUGCCCCAAUCCAGAAGUGAAUUAGGUCACAUCCAAAAAAACGACUUAAAUCGUCAAAAAAUGACAGAAAAUGACUUAAACUGUCAAAAAAGUGACCUUAGUCACCAAAAUAGUGACUUAAGUCAAAGUGACUUAUUGCGCUAUUUGCAUCAAAAAAUGUCCGAAAAUCACCUAAGUCACCAAAAUAAUGACUUGAAUCAUCAAAAUAGUGACUUGAGUCAAAGCGACCUAAGUCACAUGUUACGCGACUUGUUACUAAAUCGUCAGUUUAAUAACAACAAUAACGAAAUUUUGGAAAAUUCGUCGCCGGCGCCUUCGCCCAAGUGCGAGCCACAAAGUCCGGCUCGGCCCGAGGACGCCAAGAAAGCAAGGGUUGAAAAUAUCGUUUCCGGCAUGAGUCAACAACAAGUCAACGGCUGCAAAAAACGCAAACUCUAUCAACCGCAACAGCACGCUUGCGACAGAUUCACUGACACUAAUGAUACUAAUGACACUUGUGACGUUGACAUUGACACCGAUGACGUAGAGGAGCCUUUAAAACAAAAAAAAGUUGAAAAGAAUCAAUUAAAGUCGCAAUUGAAGUCGAUGCAACAGCAAUUAGCGGAAAUGCAACUGAAGUACGCGCAGCUGUGUCAUAAAGUCGAAGAAAAUGACACUAAUGACGUCAGAAUGUCACCAACAGUCAACCGAAUGUCACCUACAGUCAACUGUCAAAUGUCACCAGUGUCGACAAAAAUGACAGAUUUGGAAGGAUUAGCGCAUGCGCUGAAAACGGAAAUUAACGCGAAUAUGUCCAAAUUAAUUGACACGAUUUUGUCGCGAUUUGUGCUCCAGCAAGCCAAACGUAAAAUUGUGCCGCCCCCGCCUCCCCCGUCGCAUAUGCAUCAGCAGCUUCAAUUUAAACCUCAAGGAGCGGCGCAUAUGCACCGAAUCAGUCACGCGCCGUUGUAUGGAAUGACGCACGCGCACGCGCCGCCUCCCCCUGAGCAGAAUGAGGCAUUGAGUUUGGUAGUUGCCCCCAAAAAAAAACGUCAUAAGGUAACCGACACUAGAAUCACUCCGAGGACGGUGAGUCGUAUUUUGGGCGGCGCGCAAGAGGGCGGCACAAUGUCGCCUCACCAAAUGGAACCUCAGGCAACCCCGGGGUCACCUCGGCCGCCUCCGCCGCCUUACCACCCGCCGCCGCCUCCGCCACCCAUUUUAACGCUUCCCACCUCCGUUGCCAUCCCCAACCCGGGAUUGCACGAGUCGCAGGUUUUUUCGCCGUAUAGUCCGUUUUUUCACGGCCCGCCCAGCCAUCACAUGGCGAUGCAGGCAUCGUCGUCGCCGCCCAGAAUGCACAAAAUCGAGCGUGAGUCACCGCCCGUUCACCAUCCGCCCACUUUGCUGCAUCCGGCGCUCCUCGCCGCCGCCCAGCACUCGCCCGACUACUCGCAUCAUAUGCGAGUCCAGCCGAACAUCGACGAUCGCGCUUCGGAUUGUAAUUCAGCCGAUGUCGUGUACGACGGACUGCAGCCUACUAUAUCCUUUUUAUGCAAAACUGAUUUUAGUAAAAGUUUUCAUAAUAAUUGUCAACAUCCAACGUCAAAUAUUUCCUUAACGCCGGAACACUCGUCAACGCUGACGCCGAUGCACCUCAGAAAAGCGAAACUGAUGUUCUUCUGGGUCCGCUAUCCAAGCUCGGCUGUUUUGAAAAUGUACUUUCCUGACAUCAAGUUCAACAAGAACAAUACGGCGCAGCUGGUUAAGUGGUUCUCGAAUUUUAGAGAGUUCUACUACAUCCAGAUGGAAAAGUACGCAAGACAAGCAGUUUCGGAAGGUGUGAAAAACGCGGACGACCUCCACGUAGGAGGUGACUCCGAAUUGUACCGGGUGCUCAAUUUGCACUACAACAGAAACAAUCACAUCGAGGUUCCUUCAAAUUUCCGUUUUGUAGUGGAACAAACGCUCAGGGAAUUUUUCAAAGCCAUCCAAGAGGGCCGAGACGCCGAACAAUCAUGGAAAAAAUCAAUUUACAAAAUCAUAUCGAGAAUGGACGAUCCCGUUCCAGAAUACUUUAAAUCGCCAAAUUUCCUCGAGCAGCUCGAGUGACCUUCCGAAGGUGACGAAGGGCAAAAGACAGUUCAACCACAACCACCUAUCGGUAGCGUAUGGUACUAAAAAAACUGCUCUGUUUAUAAUAUGAAUAUUAAUAACUAAUAAUAAUUUACACAAACAAACAAACAAAACAGCGAAUCGGUGACGUAUUUAUAAAUAGAUAAAUAUUAUAGGGCUGUCAAAAUAAUGUUGUUGGACAAUGAUGGGACAAUUAUUGAUGCCCCAAGAUAAUAUUAAAUGGCGAACAGUGAAAAAUCAAUAAUAAUUGAAAUAAAAUCCGGAUUUUUGUAUAUUAUAAAGAAAAUAACAAUAAUCGAGCCAAGCAAGUUCAAAAUCUGCACCAACUUUUUUUAUUAAUUUUAAUUGGCCACUGUAAACUGGCCAACUGGGUUUGUUUUAUUUUCCAUAAAAACUGUAUAUAAUACUGUAUAUAACGUUUUUUAACCAAAGGUUAUUAUUAAGGGCGAGAUUUUUAUAUGCAGAUGCGUAUAAAAAAAAAACUUGCCCUAAAGUAAUUUUUUUGCUAGUCGUUGAAUUAAACUUUAGUUUUUGUUUUUAAUUAAAAAAUGUCAUUGUACUUUGGUGAUAAUCAAGAACAUUCCAAAAUUAUUUCAUUUCUUUCUUUGUAUGUGUUCAAUGACAUUUAGUUAAACAUAAUUUGCACAUUAAAUAAUUAUUUAGGGAGUCUCCAAAACCACUAAUAUACAAAAUUACAAAAAGUUACCCUCUGAGAGGUGAGAUUAUUGAAAUUUGAAAAUGUUGCCAAUAAUAGCUUGCGGAGAGGAACAGAAAAUUGCAAAGGUUUUUUGUAUAAGCUUGCAUAUUAAUUUGUUUUCGAGACACCCUGUAUAUUAAAUUUUAUGUGAUUUAUUAUUAAGUAGAUAUGCCAGUGAUUUUUAUUUUAGUUUUGUAUUUUUCUGCUAAAAAUAAUGGAAGAAACUUUAAAAUGAAUUAUUAUUUGCAAUUAGUCCAACCGUCCGCUGGACCAAGGACGCAAUUCUUUAUCUUAAAGUUUCUUCACAAUUUUUCUUAUAAUUUUUUUUUUAUGUCUAGUUGCUAUUAUGAUUUAUUUAUUUUUUUGCAUGUCUGCUUAAUACUUAUUAUUUAUAAUUAUUUAUUUCACUAUUUAGCACAGUUUUUAUUUAGGGUAGUUAGGUUUUUUUUUAAACACGAUCUCCUUAUUUUGAUUUUAAUCACGUGUGAGCAAC